AUGUUACCAUCUAAAGGAGAAGAUAAUGAUCAUAUAUUAUUAAAUAAAAAGAUGUUAUUUAAUGGAAUAACAACUAAGAAUAGUUAUGUUAGAAAAUUUGAACCAUAUUUUAAUAGUAGAACUGAUGCUCUUACAAAAAAUACACAAAUUGGAAAAUUAAAUAAGUAUGAUCCAUAUUUUUUACUUGCUGAAAUUUCUAGACAAAAUAAUUUAUUGAGAAAUAAAUCAAAAUAUAGUAGAAAACAUUAUUUUAUAACUAAUUAA